CGGAUCCCCGCGCACGCGAAGCCGGCGCGUGCUACCGCACCGGCCUGCAGCGCGCGCGCCUGACCGCCGCUGCCCGGAUGGACUCCGAGACCCCCACCCAGGCGCCGGCCCGGCGCUACUUCACGUGGGACGAGGUGGCGCAGCGCUCCGGGCGCGAGAAGGAGCGGUGGCUCGUGAUCGACCGGAAGGUGUACAACAUCAGCGAGUUCUCCCGCCGGCACCCCGGGGGCUCCCGGGUCAUCAGCCACUACGCGGGACAGGAUGCAACGGAUCCCUUUGUGGCGUUCCACAUCAACAAGGGCCUUGUGAGGAAGUAUAUGAACUCUCUCCUGAUUGGAGAACUGUCUCCAGAGCAGCCCAGCUUUGAGCCCACUAAAAAUAAAGAGCUGAUUGAUGAGUUUCGAGAGCUACGGUCCACAGUGGAGCGGAUGGGGCUCAUGAAGGCCAACCAUGUCUUCUUCCUGUUGAACCUCUUGCACAUCCUGCUGCUGGAUGUAGCCGCCUGGCUCACUCUUUGGGUCUUUGGGACCUCCCUGGUGCCCUUCCUCCUCUGUGCAGUGCUGCUCAGCACAGUUCAAGCCCAGGCCGGCUGGCUACAGCAUGACUUUGGGCACCUGUCUGUCUUCAGCACCUCUACCUGGAACCACCUGCUACAUCAUUUCGUGAUUGGCCACCUGAAGGGGGCCCCUGCCAGUUGGUGGAACCACAUGCACUUCCAGCACCACGCCAAGCCCAACUGCUUCGGCAAAGACCCGGACAUCAACAUGCACCCCUUCUUCUUUGCCCUGGGGAAGAUCCUCUCUGUGGAGCUUGGGAAGCAGAAGAGAAAGUACAUGCCGUACAACCACCAGCACAAGUACUUCUUCCUGAUUGGGCCCCCAGCCUUGCUGCCUCUCUACUUCCAGUGGUAUAUUUUCUAUUUUGUUAUCCAGCGGAAGAAGUGGGUGGACUUGGCCUGGAUGAUCACCUUCUACGCCCGCCUCUUCCUGACCUACGGGCCGUUCCUGGGCCUGAAAGGCGUUCUGGGCCUUUUCUUCGUGGUCAGGUUCCUGGAAAGCCACUGGUUUGUGUGGGUCACACAGAUGAACCAUAUCCCCAUGCACAUUGAUCACGACCGGAACAUGGACUGGGUCUCCAUCCAGCUCCGUGCAACGUGUAAUGUCCACAAGUCUGCCUUCAAUGACUGGUUCAGUGGCCAUCUCAACUUCCAGAUAGAGCACCAUCUUUUCCCCACAAUGCCUCGACACAAUUACCAUAAAGUGGCUCCCCUGGUGCAGUCCCUGUGUGCCAAGCACGGCAUAGAGUACCAGUCCAAGCCCCUGCUCUCAGCCUUCGCCGACAUUGUCUACUCACUGAAGGAGUCUGGGCAGCUCUGGCUAGAUGCCUAUCUCCACCAGUAGAACAGCCGCCCCAUCUGGAAGAGAUGCCGGUCUUCAGUGAUAAUACAAGCCCAUCUGGGAGAUGAUUUUUCUGGCACCAAGGCAGAGGGGAGCUUGAGGGAAAAUGCCACUGUAAUUAUAAUAUUCAGGGGGGUGGGUUUGAGGAGAUAAAGGCUCAACUCAAACCCCUCCCCUUUAUCUUCCAGGCACAGACAUAAGACCCAAAGACAUGCACGGCCCCUGGAGGGAGGGGUGGAGCUAUUGGGGCAGAGAUGUAAGUUUCCUUUCCUUUUUCCAGUUUGGCAGAAAAUGAUGCUUGGUGAGCAAAGAGGGAGUCUGAGGGUGUUGGAAGAAUAGGGGGGACCUACCAAGCCCAAAAAUCAGUAAGAGAUUUAGCAUUAAAAUUCCAGCUAGGAUAGGGGUGAGCCCAUCUCCCUGGUCCACUUCUCAGUGCCUUCCCCGCCCACUACUGUCUGAGAAGACGGAGCCGCUGAACCUUCUGAGCAAGACUUCUAUUUGAGGCCUGGUGUCGUGCGCUGCCUGGGAGGCUCCGCUCACUCUACAGCUAGGUGGGACCUAGGUCUGCCUCAGGCUCCUGGAGAAGCAAUUUUCCCACUUCUAGAAGCAGGCAGAGCAAAGCCAGGACUGUGUUGCUGGAGACAUCUGACUUUGAAGGCUCCUGGCAUUAUUGAUUUUGAGCUUAUGUCCCACCUGGGGAGCAUUAGGUCCUAGGUCUGGCCAAAAUAGCAAGGAGAGUUAAGUGGUCAUUCAAAAUCCCCUCCACCUUGGGGUCAUCUCUUAUAAUCACCACCCAAGGAGCAACACACUUUUGGGAUGUAGAGUCCAGUUCUUGAUUCUUAGCCACAAACAGCUGAACAGACGGGACAACUUCAUCUCCUCCCUAGAAACAAAUGGAGGUUCCCAGUGGUUUCCCUCUGUCUUCCUCCCUGUAAAUCCGCGUUUAAUAAAGCAGUCAGCACAAGUGACCACACUGGGAGACGCUAAAUUAUCAGUCAGGAGGAAAACACAAAAUUCAGUCCUAAAGAAUAUAGGGGUUGCUAAGAAAUUUUCUAGAUUUCUUAAUUAGAAAUUAAGAAGCAAUUUCUUUUUAAUUUCUUAGAAAGUUCUCAGAAGAAGCAAUGUAGUGCUUCUGAGUAGGAACAGUGAAUUAAAUAUAAUCACCUCACAGUCCUAAAGCAGAGAUAGGAAGAAAAACAGUUUGUGAAGUAUGAUCUCUUCAAGUGUCUUCUCACCUGGACACCAGGUAGGAAUUUAAGAUAAUCUCUUAAAGGCCUCCCCGCCUAAUACUGAAAUACAGUCUUUUGCAAAAAUCUUCUGGUUCUCAAAAGGUAACAAUUUAACCCGUGUCUAAAGCAAACAAAAGAACGUGCCCAAUAGUCUUUGCCUUAAGGCCCAGGGCUUGUCCUCUGCAUUCGCAGCCGCUGCUCCGCUCCACAGUCACAGCUUCCCCUCGCAGGUGACGGCGAGUGAUUUACCUGUCCCACAGCACCUGCUCUAAGCAUAUUGCGCAUUUUGGAUCCGGAAAGGAGGAAAACUCAAACUAGAAGGAAAAAGCAGAGCCAUAGCUGAGUUGAGCCUGUGUUUAGUUGUGGGAGAGAACAAAGGUCAUCUGAAAGUGAGCUGCGUGGGGUUAGAACACCCCCGUGGAAAGGCCGCAGGGAUGACUUGAGCGGUUUGUCAAAACACAGACUAAAGAGACAACGCGAGGGCAGGACAGGGUGCAGAAGAGUUCAGCUCUUCUCCAUUUGCGCAGGACUUGGUUUGAAACAACCUGGGUAGAAAGACUAGAAGCAGGACUGAAAAGUUCUACUUUCAGUGGCUUCCUUCCACUGAGAACAGGUGCUGAUCCUGCCCCAUCCCUCUGGUCCCUGCUCCCCAAGGGGUAGGGAGUGCUGUCACCAGCCCGUCCAGCCACCUGGCUGCCAGCCGGGGCAGACCCAGCACGGCUUACUGAGCCGAGCCCAGGUCCUCAACGCAUUUCAACCACUGUGGCCUUCUCUCCUUAACCUAGACUAGCGUGGUCUACACGGCCACAGAGGGACACACCAGCGACAAAAAGCCUCAGACUGUUUUAACAGUGCGAUGAGUGAUCUCAAAUCCAAGCAAUGACAUGAGAAAACAAGCUUAAAGAGGACAAGUCACCUCCAGUCACAGAUUGUGGCAAAACUAACAUCUGAACUCAGUGUCUUAGAAUAUUCCAACCUACGUGUUUAUCUUUGUUAUUCUCAUCUUCCUACCACGUUACCGGAAACACUUUCUUUAACUGGUCCCCACAUCUGCAUCCUUUUUGUGUGUGCUAAUUUUGUUAUCACAUCCAGAUGAGGUAAAGCUGAAAAAUAAAGUUAAUUUUGACCAAA